AUGCCUAAAAGAAGGAGAUUUACGCCACUCAAGAACAAAACUAAAAGCACUCCUAAAAAAGAUGAAGAGCGAAUUGAUCCAGAAGUUUCUACUGCUCGUGGAAGGUUGAAGGGUGCACUAAUGGAAAUAAUGGGGCCAUCUCAAAGUGUUCAGGAGUCAGAUCAUUCGUCAGAUUAUGGUAAACGAGAGAGGAGAAUAAAUAGCAGUGAUGAAUCCUCGGAAGAAGAAGAAAGGCCCCAAAACGGUCCCCAGAGGCAAUCCUAUGUGCUGAAAUUGUUUGACAGAAGUGUAGAUUUGUCACAAUUUAAUGACAAUACUCCACUUUAUCCUAUCUGCCGAGCCUGGAUGAUAAAUCAGCCUAAGGCAGACUAUUCAAAAGUUAGUAUCCUGAAUCCACAUAAGGAAGAGACUAAAGAGAGAAUUCCGGACAAGAUAGAUUUGCCUGGACCAGAAGGACCAGUCAUUUCUCGAGUACCGGAUUUAAUACCUGAGCAGAAAGCUGUCAAUAAGGACAAUAUUAAUUUGAUUUAUGACAAUCCAUUGCCCACAAAAGGCCAGCUAUUAGCUAUGAAUAUGAAAAGAUGGAGUAAAGUGCGUGGAGCAUGGUUGGAACAAGGACUAAAGGUUCAUGAACGAUAUGCUAAGACACAAGAAGUUCUUAACAGACUGAAUAUCAAUGGUCCAUAG